AUGUCUGCCAACCAAGCCCCGACAACCGUCGGCCUGAGACGGAGGGCAUGCGUCAAUUGCACCACUGCCAAGUCUAAAUGUCUCCCAAUCUCUUCCACGGAGUGUGAGCGGUGCAAUCGCCUCGGAAGGAGAUGUGUGUAUCAAAAUGUUCUGAAUAAGAGAAAGAGCCCAUCUGGCACAUCUCGUGUCAAGUUGCUGGAGCAAAGAAUCGAGUCCUUGUUGUCCUUGCUUAAUAACCAACCACACAGCUCAUCGGGUGUGAUGCUCUCGCAGUUUCAACCUCAAGGGUUAUCCGGCCUUGUAGAUCGGGGCCUUGUUACUCUGGACCUGGCCCAAACCCUGCUUGAUGAGUACCGUACUAAAGCUGUCUACCAUUUCCCUUUCGUUCUUCCCGACGCGGAAUCAGAUAUAAACUCGCUCAGAUUCAACAGUCCCUUCCUGUUCCUCUGUAUCAUGACGUCCAUGCUCUUUAAGGACUGCUCACUGCAGAGGCAACUCGGUGAGGAGGUUCGGAUACAGGCACAUAGAAGGGUGUUGUUGGAGUCAGAGAGUAGCCUGGAGCUCUUGCAGGGUCUCCUAGUCUAUCUGGCCUGGUAUCAAUACCACUUUCUACCAGAGACACAACAAAUUGUCCAGCUUGGGCAGUUGUGUGUGGCACUUGUUCAUAAUCUCGGCCUGGAUCAAAACCCAGAAAAUGGAAAACGGAAGGUUGACCUCGGACCAGACGAGACGGAGUCUUGCAGAUGGUCUCCACGCACGACUGAUCAGCUACGAGCACUGCUCGGAACGUUUUGCACAGCAUCUUGGAUUGCCACCAAGUUUCGAACUCGCUGCGCAAUGCCACACACAAGAUAUAUUGAACGUGCUCGUCAAAUUCUUGUCAGGAACCCAGAGCAUCCAACUGAUCAUCUGAUAUCGUACUUCGUUCAGACCAACGAGUUAUCCCGACGCAUAUGUGACACAUUUGCAUAUGAUGAUUUGAACCACACGGAGAUCCGUGAUGAGUUCGUGAGCACCGUGACCGUGAAAGCCUUCAGCCGCGAGUUGAAUGGCUUGAAAAGGUCCUUGUUACCGGAAUUCCAACAAAACCUUGCAUUGCAAUUGGAGUUUCAUCUCCUUGAAACGUUAAUUUCGGAGACUUCGCUUCAUCACGAUUUCUGGGAUAGCUCUCCAACCUCACUUGGCCAAAGGCAUAACAUGUUCCGGAACUUGCUGCUUUCUUGCAAAUCACUCAUCGACAAAGUGAUCAAGUGCCCAGAGCAAGAAGUCUUCUUUCUCACCUUUUACACUUAUGCCAAAAUCUGUCGAGCCUUGUCUUGUCUUUCCAACUCGACGAGUUUCCUGUUGGACUCGCAGAGCGGAAGCAAUGCUUCGAGAGACAACCAUGCAACCAAUACUACUAUCCCGGCCGGUAACUAUCUGGCUGUCGAGAGGGUGGUUCAUUUGUCAUCCCUUGGGAAGGAGCUGCAGCAAAAAAUUCAAAGGCUGACGGUCUUUUUAUCUGCCGCAGACGACCAGAUGGAUUUGGCGACAAUGUUUGCGGGCAUGGUGGGUGCCGUAGUGGCCACGCCGGGAACAACCUGCGGUUGGGAGAAUCUAACACAGAAGGUGUGACGUAUGACCUGGGUGCUUCUGUGCCACAGGGCCUUCAGAUGGACGCAGGUAUUGCAGCAGAUGUGUUUGGGGAUGUCGUUUGGAGCAGUGCGUUGGAUGAGUUGGCGUUUUCGACUUAGAUUGAAUGGUAGAUACUGUAUAAUUAAAUAAAAAUACCCC